AUGGUCGGCCUCGAUGCGGAUCCGUCAAAGCGGCAGACGUCCCCGCCGCCAAAGCAGAAGCACAGCUUCUUCCGCGUCCGACUCAUCAACAUCGACCAUGUCCUCACAUACCCAUCGGGCCUCGACCGCACAGAGUGCGCCUUCAACGCAGAGGGACAGCCCCUCCGCAAGGUACCCGUCCUCCGCAUCUUUGGCGCCACCCCCGCCGGUCAGCGCGUGUGCCUCCAUGUGCACAACGUCUUCCCCUACUGCUACGUAAGGUACAAGGCAAGCCUCGAGCCCGCCCACGUCCUCCGCUACAUCCACCGGCUCGGCCGCGAGCUCAACGCGGCCAUGGCCGUCUCUCUCCGCCGUAACCCAGACGACCCGGAGAGCAACCAGUUCAUCGCCGCCAUCCACCUUUGCAAGGGCGUCGACUUCUACGGCUACCACCUCGGCUACACCUACUUCCUCAAGAUCUCCUUCAUCGACCCAUCCCACAGCUACCGCCUCGCCGCCAUCCUCGAGAGCGGAGGCGUAAUGAAGACCGUAUUCCAGCCCUACGAGAUCCACAUCCGAUACCAGCUCCAGUUCAUGCUCGACUACAGCAUCUUUGGCUGCGACUACCUCGACCUCGACGACGCACGCUUCCGCCUCCCCGUGCCCGAAGGCGACGACGUCGCAUCCGACGAGCACGGGACCCCGCUUGGCCCCGAAGCCAAGCUGUGGAACCGCAACACGAUCCCAACCGCCAAGCUGCAGGGCCAGGAGAUCCACCGAGCCUCGCACUGCCAGAUCGAGAUCGACGCCAACGCACAUUGGAUCGUCAACCGACGCAAGCUCCGUGCACGAGAGCUCCACCACGACUUUGACGAGAACGCCUCCGCCGCUGCCGCAGGUGCGGACCAGGACGAGAAGCUCGUGCCUAGCCUCCGAGGUCUCUGGGACGACGAGAGGAUGCGCCGCCUCGCUGCAGGGCUACCGCCGUCGAUCCCGGUCGGUGGCGACGCGGCCGAGGUCCAGCGACGCCAGUACCAGACGGGCGAAAGCCCAAAGUGGAUGUCAGAGGAGCGUAUGCGGAUGCUGCUCGCCAAGCGCCUCGCCGACGAAAAGGCAAAGACGGUCGAGCGGGAACGCAGGGCCGACCACUUUACCAAGCGACCGCCGCUCGACGACUACAUCAUGACGACUUUCGAUGCGGUCGAGGUUUUUCAUCCUUACUCGGACGAUGAUCCGACGACCACCGCCGCCGCUGCCGUCGCCGAUCCAUACACGCAGCGCUCUGGUCCAGCCUCAUCUUGCCGGCUUUACGAUCUCGAUUACUCGAUGACACAAGGCGGAACCCUCCGGCCUUCCGCCGUUCGCGAAGGCAACCAGGCUGACGUCGAUGAAGACGACGAUGAGAGCGAGGUGGACCUCAAAUUCUUCAAGAGUCAAGAGUUUCGGUCAAGGCUGGACCAGGUAGAAACGGCAAAGUCGGCCCAAGAGCAUGACGUCGACACGGACCUGGAGGAGGACGAGGCCGACCAGGCGCCACCGGACGAGGUCGAUGGGGAGGCUCCUGGCACCCCGGUCCUCGGCAGCAAGCCGCUGCACCGUACCGGCAGCAACCGUUCAUCGCAGAGCCUCUUCACCAACAGCCCCACGCCGAGCCCCAAGAAGGUCAAGCUGCGAGCUGAGAAUGGCGACGACGGCCUGAUGCAGCCUCGCGUCGGUACGAGCACGGCAGUGGGUGCUAGCGGCCCUUCCGGAGAAGGGUCGGAUCUAUCAAGACAGAUCAAGACGUGGUCUGAGGCCGCUUCGCGAAGCGCCGCAGCGACCACUCGUUCCGGUACCAAUCCAUCCCCGGCGGGAAAGACGCCUCGCGUGCGUUUCGCCAGCAACUCCACGGCAACGCCGCCUAACGGUCAGGCCGAGGUACCGCGACCGCCUGAAAUCCUUACCCAGCAGCAUCCCGCCUCGCUUGCUUCGACCGCAUCAACCGCCUCGACGGGGACGACCGCCCCCCUUUUUGCUUCGGUGGCAGCUUCAGCGGUCAGUCGCCCAGCGCGCGCUGCUGAUCGCCGGGCGUCGUCGUCCCGGUGCUACACCUUCCGCGAGCCCGCCCCUCCGCGCCUGGCGGUGACGCAGUCAUUUGGCCAUUUCGACAUGGUACGUGAGCUGCACCAGGAUCCAUUCUUCAGCAGGCCGGAAGACGUGCCGGAGCACGCGCGUGAGUACGCCGGCCGGCUCUUCCGCUUCCAGUCGAACACGCUGUCGUUUCUACGCCACUUCCAGCACUGGGACAGCGAGAGUCCGGGCGAGGCUACAGGCCCGACGCCCAAUCGGCGGCGCUGGCAGUUUGGACCGCCGCCACCGACCCGGCUCGAGGUGGAUGCCUGGAGGUACAACGAGGCGCUGGCGGUGCGCGAAAAGUCGCGGCGGCGGCGUCGCAGACUGCUGUCACAAAUUGAGGGGACGACGCAGCCCAACGAGUUCGGCUUCAAGGUGAGCCAGCACGCGCCCACCUCGCUGGUGGCUCGCGACAAGCAGCACAUGACGAUCCUGGCCGUCGAGGUGCAUUGCUGCACCCGCGGCGGCCUCUUUCCCGACCCGGCCCAGGACGCAGUCGAGGCCAUCGCGUACAGCUUUCAGAACGAAGACGAAGAGCUGCAGGAUACCGGAUCGCGAUCGGACCUGCGGACUGGCCUGCUGAUCAAUGUCGAAGGCGGCAGCGGCCUCAUCCACGUCGAGCGGCUCGGGCUCAGCAAUCUCGCUAUCGAGACUGUGGACAGUGAGCUGGACCUCUUCAACGCAUUGGUCGAUCUCGUGCGCGCCUUUGAUCCCGAGAUCCUGGUGGGCUGGGAGAUCCAUAGCGCGUCGUGGGGCUACCUCGUCGAGCGGGCCAUGAGGGCGUUCGACUACGACCUGGUCCCCGAACUCGGCCGCGUCCUUUAUCAGAACACGGGUCGCGCCGGCGGCAAGUCGGACAAUUAUGCCUGGACGCAGAGCUCGGCGCUGCGGAUCACGGGUCGCCAUGUGCUCAACCUGUGGCGGCUGAUGAAGGGCGAGCUGGCGCUCAACGUCUACAGCCGGGAGAACGUGUGCUACCACCUGCUUCAUCGCCGCAUACCCAAAUUCUCCUACGAGCAGCUGACCGAGUGGUAUCGCAGCGGACGUGCCGAGGGCAUCGUCCGGACGCUGCGCUACUACGUCGAUGCCGCCGAGCUCGUCCUCGAAAUCAUCCAGGAGUCCGAGUACGUGCUGCGGACCGCCGAGUUUGCGCGCAUCUACGGCAUCGACUUUUUCUCAGUCAUCAGCCGCGGCUCGCAGUUCAAGGUUGAGUCGAUUAUGCUGCGGAUCGCCAAGCCCGAGAGCUUCGUGCUCAUCUCGCCCAACCGCUCGCAGGUGGGCAAGCAGAAUGCCGCCGAGGCGCUGCCGCUCAUCAUGGAGCCGCAAUCGGCCUUCUACAAGGGUCCGCUGAUGGUGCUCGACUUCCAGUCGCUCUACCCGAGCAUCAUGAUCGCGCACAACUUCUGCUACUCGACGUGCCUGGGCCGCGUCUCGGCGUUCCGCGGUACGUCAAAGUUUGGCGUCACCGAGCUCGAGCUGCCCAAGGGGCUGCUGAGCCUGCUCAAGGACGACGUCAACAUCUCGUCCAACGGCCUGCUAUUUGUCAAGCCCCACGUUCGCCGCAGCCUGCUGGCCAAGAUGCUCUCCGAGAUCCUCGACACGCGCGUCAUGGUGAAAGGCUCGAUGAAGGGGACCAAGGGCGACCGCGCGUUCCAGCGGAUCCAGAACGCGCGUCAGCUCUCGCUCAAGCUGCUGGCCAACGUCACCUACGGCUACACGAGCGCGUCCUACUCGGGACGGAUGCCUUGCGUCGAGAUCGCCGACGCCAUCGUCCAGACGGGCCGCGAGACGCUGGAAAAGGCGAUGGACCUCAUCAACGGCUCGGAGCGCUGGAACGCCCAGGUCGUCUACGGCGACACCGACAGCUUGUUUGUCUACCUGCCCGGGCGCACCAAGGACGACGCCUUCCGCAUCGGCUACGAGAUCGCCGACGCCGUCACUCUGAUGAACCCGGCGCCCGUCAAGCUCAAGUUUGAAAAGGUCUACCUGCCUUCGGUGCUCUUGGCAAAGAAGCGCUACGUGGGCUUCAAGUACGAGACGCCCGACGAGACCGAGCCGGGCUUCGACGCCAAGGGCAUCGAGACGGUGCGACGCGACGGCCAUCCGGCGCUGCAGCGCAUCCUCGAGGCGUCGAUCCGCAUCCUCUUCCGCUCGCGCGACCUGUCGGCCGUCAAGGCCUUUUGCCAGCGCCAGUUCCGCAAGAUUAUCGAGGGCCGCGUGUCGAUCCAGGACUUCAUCUUUGCCAAAGAGGUGCGGCUGGGCAGCUACAGCGACAAGGUGGCGCCGCCGCCCGGCGCGGCGGUGGCGUCGCGCAAGAUGCUGGCCGACCCGCGCAGCGAGCCGCAGCACGCCGAGCGCGUGCCCUAUAUUAUUUCGCAGGGCGAGCCAAAGGCGCGCCUCAAUGCUCAGGCCGUGUCGCCCGAGGUGAUGCUGCGCAACCCGCAGAUGCAGAUCAACGCCCAGUACUACAUCACCCGCACCAUCAUCCCGCCGCUGGCCCGCGUCUUUAACCUGCUCGGCGCCGACGUCGAAGCGUGGUACCACGAGCUGCCCAAGACGGUCAACACGCGGUGGCACCGGCGACCUAUAGCUCCGCCCGUCGCCGUCGGCAGCGAUGCCAGAAAGGGAGCAGGGGCCGACGGAGCCGCCAGCGACGGUGAGGGAAAGGUUGAUGGCGAAGCAGACGACGCCGUGGUGGGCGGCAAGACGCGGUCGGCGGGUGCAUCCUCGGCGGCGGCGGCGUUGCCUACGCUCAACGUGCACUACCGCACCGAGACGUGCUACGUGUGCACGGCGCGGACCGAGAACCAAGUCUGCCUCGACUGCCAGCAGGAUCCGCUGUCGAGCAUCCACCGGACGCAGUCGGCGCUCCACUUCAACGAGGUGCGGCUGCGCGCCAUCGAGCACAUCUGCGCCACGUGCGCCGGCUUGGCGCCGAGCGCGCGCGGCGACGUGCCCUGCAUCUCGCUCGACUGCCCCAUCCUCUACUCGAAAGUCAAGAGCCAGAGGGACACGGACGACUCGCGCGCCGUCGCCGAGUACGUAGCUGCGCUCCUGGAUGGCGAGGAGACGCGGCGGGGCGAGGUGCGGCUCGCCUGGCGAUCCAACGCAGACGGAGCGUGA